AUGGCCCCAGUUCUGACUCCCCUCCUUUCGGCCGAUCUUCAAGUGCACUUGACAGCUUGUCCACCUGACAUGGGGUCGGCCGCCACCCCGGCUGUCGAUAGUAUUGCUUUGGCCCUAACCGACACUUGGGACUCGUUUUCUGAAAAAACCGAGGGCAUCUCCGGCUCGGAAUACCACCGCUUUUCCGGCAAGCCGCCGUUUGACACGUUUGAGAGCGAGGGAGUAUGGUCUACCCGGGUGAUCCCCGUCUUUCCCACGCUUCCACUUCCAAAUCGGCACACGAUGUUAACGGGCGUGCUCCCGAAAAAGCACGAAAUCCUCGACGACCACAUGCUGAAUUGGAAAACGGGCGAUAGGUUCGAGGGGUUCCGCCGAGAAUCCGAUUACGGUAUCCAGAAAUGGUGGAACAUCCCGCCGGUCUAUCAGACGGCUGCUCGACAAGGCGCGAAAACAGCUCUCUUCUUUUUGCCAGAGUGUUUUGUGGAAUGGGACCCACAACCUACCGUCUGCGUGCCGCCACGCGCCCCUCCUAGUGAAGAGGAAAAUGACAACAUUGCCCAGUCGAUACUACACGCUACAACAUGGGCCGACCUGACGCUCGUCUAUGACGCUUGGAUCGGUGCCGAGCUAUCGGAGCACGGAAAGCUAGCCGGAAACUCGACGGCCCUGGAUCGGCUGGCUGGGUGGCUCUACCGCUUUGCCUCGGCCGCCCGAGAGCGCGUGGAUUUGAAUUUAAUCUUCGUCUCGUUGCAUGGGCAGAUCGAGGUGCCCCGCGGCCACAUCCGGUCCCUCGACGAUCACCUACCUAUGGAGCUCGUCGAAAAAACUGUAGGCCAUGGCGCGAUAAUGCAGCUACGCGCCAAGCCGGGAAAGACGCACCAGGUUUACAACCUGUUGAACACGACGCGCCCAGUUCCGAAUGUGAAGAUCUUCUUCACAGCUCCAAAAGCCGGAGAUCUCCCUCGAUUCUUCCAUUUCCGGAAGAGCCACCUUGUCUCGGAUUUGUUGCUCUUGGCGAACCCGGGCUACGGUAUCACUACGCGAGACCCAGAGAAAAGCUUCCCUUCAUCAAACGAGACAACCUUGACUGCAAAAUCUCUCCCCGGCUACAAUCCACACCUCCCGCAGAUGGCAGGACUGUUUUUGGCGAUUGGGCCAGCAUUUCGGCCCGGAUUUCGGAAAGGAGCCGUCGAGAUUUGUGACGUGGCCGCGUUGAUCUGUUCGCUAGUGAAGGUGGAAUGUCCAAAGGUCGGCUGCGCGAGAAUCAAGAGGAUCGAUGAUGUUCUUACCAGUGAUGCGAGGGUUGAGGUGCGCCGCUCUUUUAACAGCUCCAGCAAUCAUCACCACGGGUUUUUCAUAAAAUUAUCGAUUUUCGUAAUAGCUUUCUUCAAAUUUUUUGCCGUUUUG